AUGCAGAGAUGGAGCCAGAGACUUCACGCAGUUAACAAAGCCACGGGACGUCGCUGGAGCCCCAUACCGAAGCCACCACCGCAGGAUUUCGACCGCCUUUGCGGGACCCACAGCGUACUCAACACAUUGCGCGCAUUCUAUGUGGCCCCGCGAAGGCUCCAUCCACACCGUCGGCAAUUGUGCUCCCUCUAUGUGCGUGACUUUCGCCUGGAGGCGAGUUGCAACACCAAAAAAAAUGGUGAUGAUGAUGCAGAAAAAUCUAAUGAUGGACAUGACGUAUGGAUUCCCAAGCAGUACCCGAACAUGCAGCGUAUUGUGCGUCUUGCGCGCGCGUUGAGCGUUGCAGUGCAUCCCGUGGAGCGUCGUGAGUUAGUGCGUCUCUGUGGCGAACGACGCAACCAAAACGUUGUGCUGGAAGUGUCAACCUUCACUCCGAGGGAUGUUGUGGCGUCCCCUUGGGAGAGUGGUAGAAGAGUGUGGGAUGCAGACGGACGAGGCAUGACUGAAGGUGGGGCACAGACAGAUGACGUGGUAUUUCUUGACCACGUGAUUGAUCCUGCCAAUGUUGGUGCUAUCAUGAGAUCUGCAUUUUUCAUGGGUUUGCGGCGGAUUGUCCUUAGCAGCGACAGCGCUGGAUGUACCGCUGCUGUUUGCCGCUCCAGUGCGGGUUUUAUGGAGUACAUGAGCGUGUACCGUGCUGUUGUUCCGACGUUAACAUUUCUCGAGAAUACUGUUGCUCAACAAAAAGCGCGUGAUGGCGGCCACCUGCUGGAAAUCUACGCGACGUCUCCGAUGCCGCGGCGUGGCGUGACCACGUGCAGCGCGAGAGAACUUCCCUCAGUGUCUUGCGGUCCCGUCAACAAGCCUCGACGUCGUUUGCUGUUACUAGGGAAUGAAGGCGCUGGUUUGCCUUCAGAGGUUAUGGGGCUUUGCACGCAUACCGCGCACAUACCACUUGCGCCUGAACGCAGCCACUUCAUGUCUACAGCGGUGGAUGGAGGACUGGUUGCUGGGGGGAAUGGUCGGAAUACGUGCCGUACCCGCGGUGAAGAAGCCGAAGAUAUCGCACAUCUACGACCAGAGGAGGUGUCCCUUAAUGUGAGUGCUGCUAGUGCCCUUAUUCUCGCAGCGUUGAGACGUGGUGACGGAGCUGUGGAGGUGUAUAGGAAUCACUAA